CCCUACUUUUUUUCUGCUAUCUUCUGUGUGUCUGGGGGCAGCGCUGAUCUGCCUAUAGAAGUUCAGACGCUCUUAACGCAGCGCUCGCCAAGAUCUCAUUACAUUCAACUGCUCCAGCUCGACUGACCGACCCGACGGCACUGAAAACAGUUCACCUGCGAGAACAGACGAGAAGAGUAGAGAUCUCUUAAAAACUACAGAAGAGCGAGAGAUGGAUCCUUGGAGAAUCGCCGCUUUGCUCCUCGCCGCCUGCUUCACCGCGUCAGCUUCUCACCAGUUGGAGACGGAGUGUUAUACGGCAAAUGGAGAGGACUACAGAGGUCAACAGAACCAGACCAGUCUGCAAGGAGGGAGACCUUGUCUCUUCUGGAACGAGACUUACCAACAUCCCUACAAUACCAACAAAUAUCCCAACGGAGAAGGAGGUCUUGGGCCACACAACUUCUGCAGGAACCCAGAUGGAGAUGUUCGGCCCUGGUGUUACGUCGCAGAUCUCGAGGAUGGAAUCUACUGGAAAUACUGCGAUAUUCCCAGCUGUCAGAGUGAGUGUUUCAGUAAAAAUAAAACCGAAUGA